CGCGGGACAAGAAAAUUCAUGCGUACUGUGAGGAAAGGACACGACUCUAUGGUGAGGACUGAUGGACAUACAUUAUCUGAGAAAAGAAACUACCAGGUGACAAACAGCAUGUUUGGUGCUUCAAGAAAGAAGUUUGUAGAAGGGGUCGACAGUGACUACCAUGAUGAAAACAUGUACUACAGCCAGUCUUCUAUGUUUCCACAUCGAUCAGAAAAAGAUAUGCUGGCAUCACCAUCUACAUCAGGUCAGCUGUCUCAAUUUGGGGCAAGUUUAUACGGGCAACAAAGUGCACUAGGCCUUCCAAUGAGGGGAAUGAGCAACAAUACCCCUCAGUUAAAUCGCAGCUUAUCACAAGGCACUCAGUUAACGAGCCACGUCACGCCAACAACAGGGGUACCAACAAUGUCACUUCACACGCCUCCAUCUCCAAGCAGGGGUAUUUUGCCUAUGAAUCCUAGGAAUAUGAUGAACCACUCCCAGGUUGGUCAGGGCAUUGGAAUUCCUAGCAGGACAAAUAGCAUGAGCAGUUCAGGGUUAGGUAGCCCCAACAGAAGCUCGCCAAGCAUAAUAUGUAUGCCAAAGCAGCAGCCUUCUCGACAGCCUUUUACUGUGAACAGUAUGUCUGGAUUUGGAAUGAACAGGAAUCAGGCAUUUGGAAUGAAUAACUCCUUAUCAAGUAACAUUUUUAAUGGAACAGAUGGAAGCGAAAAUGUGACAGGAUUGGACCUUUCUGAUUUUCCAGCAUUAGCAGACCGAAACAGAAGGGAAGGAAGUGGUAACCCAACUCCAUUAAUAAACCCCUUGGCUGGAAGAGCCCCUUAUGUUGGAAUGGUAACAAAACCAGCAAAUGAGCAAUCCCAGGACUUCUCAAUACACAAUGAAGAUUUUCCAGCAUUACCUGGUUCCAGCUAUAAAGAUCCAACAUCAAGUAAUGAUGACAGUAAAUCUAAUUUGAAUACAUCUGGCAAGACAACAUCAAGUACAGAUGGGCCCAAAUUCCCUGGAGAUAAAAGUUCAACGACACAAAAUAAUAACCAGCAGAAAAAAGGGAUCCAGGUGUUACCUGAUGGGCGGGUUACUAACAUUCCUCAAGGGAUGGUGACGGACCAAUUUGGAAUGAUUGGCCUGUUAACAUUUAUCAGGGCAGCAGAGACAGACCCAGGAAUGGUACAUCUUGCAUUAGGAAGUGACUUAACAACGUUAGGCCUCAAUCUGAACUCUCCUGAAAAUCUCUAUCCCAAAUUUGCAUCACCUUGGGCAUCCUCACCUUGUCGACCUCAAGACAUAGACUUCCAUGUUCCAUCUGAGUACUUAACGAACAUUCACAUUAGGGAUAAGCUUGCUGCAAUAAAGCUUGGCCGAUAUGGAGAAGACCUUCUCUUCUAUCUCUAUUACAUGAAUGGAGGAGACGUAUUACAACUUUUAGCUGCAGUGGAGCUUUUUAACCGUGAUUGGAGAUACCACAAAGAAGAACGAGUUUGGAUUACCAGGGCACCAGGCAUGGAGCCAACAAUGAAAACCAAUACAUACGAGAGGGGAACAUAUUACUUCUUUGACUGUCUUAACUGGAGGAAAGUAGCUAAGCUGAGCUUUUGUCUUCACCUUUACUUGAAAUGUUUUAGCUGUGAAGUUGGAAAAUAAAGUUUGAGAAAUAAUAUUAUUCCCUAAGAAAUCUUCAUCGAAUUAAGGAAACAAUUUGCUGGCCACUUGAACUGACACUGCAACAAAAUCAUUUUCAUCAUGAUAAAAACAAGCAGAAUUUUUUACUUCUUUCAGUCUUUUGGUUAUGUUAAAAUACAAAUUCAUGAACUUACAACUUUUAAGUUGCCUUAUAUUCACAGAAUAGAUUUUUCAAAAUGGCUCCUAUUUUCUUGCUGUUGUGUUCUGUGCUUUCCUAGAAAUUGAGUGAGGAAUUAAGAAAUUAAAAAAUUUAGGUUCUAUUCAUUAAGACUUCAUCAAACUACAGAAAAUCCAUUAAUAUUCCAUAUCCCAAGUUAACUUCAAAAUCCCCAUCUUUAAAGAGGAUGUGGUUUACUAUUAACAGGUGAAGAACAUGCACCUAUAAAGUGGGUGUCCUUUAUUAUUCCCAGGUAAAAAACAUGCAUUAUAUAGUUUGAACGCAUUAUAAGAAGUCUGCAGUAUGAAUAAGUGUUAGAACUAAUAGUUUGAUGUUAUAAUGGUGUAGUUGAAACAAAUUAAUUUAGACCCUAAUCUUGGGCUCCAUUUACAAUACCUUGUCAGAGCUUUUUUGUUAAUCAUUUCAUAGCCUUAGAGAAUUUUAAUUAAUAUUAAGUUAAGAGGUUAGAUGAUUUUAAAUCAGAAGUAUUUCAUACCCCUUAAAAUUUCUGCAACCUUGAGUUCUAGGACCCAGGCCUUUAUUUAAAGGUGUUCUGUAAAUCAAUAAUAUAUGUACAUAAAGUGUUUGUCAUUGUAUUUGUCUAUUCUUCUUCCCUUUUAGAUAACUUGACUUUCAGCAGGCUAUGUUGCCCUAUGUAAUAAAACUAGAAUUAUUCAUAUCCCACUAAUUUUAAAUUUGUGUUACUAUCAUUAUAUAUAUAUAUAUAUUUCAUUCAUGUAUAGAUCCAUAAUGAAUAAAAACUUUUAAAAUAAUUUUUCCACAACGAAUGUUCAGAUAGUGGAAAUUGUCCUAUUAACAAUAGCUUUUUCAACCUGAAGACUUAAAAAUUUAAGAAUUCUUUGAGCCUUACUUCACCUUGUGGGUCCAACACUGAAUAGGGUAUUUAUCAUAUGAUACUCGAAAUAAAUUGAGAUUUUUUUCACUACUUUUACUGGUACAUAUUAGCACAUCUUUAUACUUUAGUAAUGUGUUCUUUAAAACAAUGCAAAUUAAUUCUAAUUAUGUGUAUUUAAGAUAUUUUGCUACUUCCUGAAAUUUAAAUUAGUAUUUAUUUUAGGUGAAAGAAAGCUGGUAUUUUUGAGGAUUUGAGAAAACAUUCCUGCAGUAUAUGUUUUCCUGUGUAAAUAGUUCAGUGAUGACAUUAAUGCUUUUGCAAUAAUUUCAUUUGAUCCGCUGAAUGCAGUGCAUAAAUUUCAGUUCUUCUUUAUAGUAACCUGUUGCAAAUAUGAAGCCUAAUUUUAUUAAUAGAAAAACUGAGGCAGUAAAAACUUGUUUAAUUGAAAAGCAUUUAAACUUUUUCUCCCCUUCCUUUUAGUCAUUAAACUGUAAUCUAAGAAUCCCCCUUUUUCAACCAACAGUAAAUACAUACAUAGCCCUUGUAAUACAUAAUUACGGAAUAGUAUCUCAACAGUUAAGUGUUCUGUUCCUAAAACAAGUGAUGAAAACUUUUGUUUAUCCAUUCAUCACCUGUUAAUUACACACCUGAGCAGGCCUGGCACUAUUCCAGUCAGGUGGUAGUGGUAUAAAAAAGACACACUUCUUGCCCCUACAGAAUACAGAAGGGUGUACAUGUGUAUGUUUGUUGUGUGUGUACAAAUAAGAUGUAAAAGAGAUGUAACCAGUAGAUACCAGUUUGUUGUAAGCUUUAUAUAUUUAAGAAUAAAAAUACAUGGAUGACAAAAUUUAACAGAUAAUUUCUGAAUUUCUGAUAAAGAAGGGUUUCUGAAUUUCUUAAUGGUCAUUUAGACUUAAACUGAUCUUUUUUAAUAUGUAGGAAAAAUACAUGCAUUAAUGAAGUUAAUCUGGUUUAAAUUCUAAUGAUACAUGUAGUUCACCAGUGUACAAUGAAGUGGGCAGAAUAAACAAAAUUAUAUCAUAUUAUUAAUAUUAUUAUUUACUAGCUUAUGUGGUUAUUUUAAAACAUAAUUUAUAUAAAAUAUAUUUAAUAUAUAUAUAUAACAGAUAGUGGAAUUUAUUAUUUGUGUCACAGUUACAGUCUUUUUACCCUAUGGCUAUAUAUAUUUGUGGUAAUCAAGAUGUCAAUUUUAAUUUCAAAAGAAUAAUGUAAUAAAAAGAUAUUUUCUGCACUAAUUUGGCUAUUCACUAUUAGCUAAGCAAUAAAGUUUUUCUAAUUUCUGGGCAGGGGUAGGGAGUAGAAAAUGAUGGCUACACAAGCAGGCUAGAGCUUGCAGAUGUGGUGAUUCUGCUCUUUGUCAAUUUUUGCUAAUAAGAAAAUAACAUUUUUCUGUACCUUAGUUACUCUGUCAUUUGAAGGGAACAUUUUUCAGAUUAAAGUCACCAAGUAUACCUUCUUUAUAAACAUUUUGUCAGGGGACUGAAUUUUUGCAAAAUUAUUUCUGUAUGUUAAAGUAAUUCUUUUUGGAUCUCAGGCUAAAUAUACUAAAAAUGUGUUAUACUAGAAAAGAUACAAAUUUUGGUGUCACAUGGGUCCAGGUCCUAAUCGUAGGUCUGCCACUUAUGAUAUGACUUGGGCAAGUUACUUCUGUGUCUCAUUUCCUCAGGUGCAAAAUUAGGAUAAUGAUACAUAUUUUACAGGGUUAUUGUAAAGAUGAGAAUAAAAGUGUGUCUCUAGUUUAGUACAUAGUAAGUUUUCAAUAAAUUAUACCUGCUGUUUCUGUAACUGUUAAUGUAAUAUCCUUAAAUUUUCAGUAUUCAAUUAUGUAUCUCAAAGUUUAAUCAUUAUGGCCUAAGUUUUCAUUUUCAUUUAAUUUAACAAUGGAAACAUCACAUCCAUUAUGGAAUCAAUUUGAAACCAAACAGGUAAGGUAAAAUAUGUUAAUCCAUGAUGCUAAAGUCAUUUGUUGGCUUAAUCUUUAAAACAUAUUAAGGUUCAUAUUUCUUUAAAUGGGUUUAUACAGUGGUAGCAUGUGCUAAUUAAUUAAAUUCCGUUUGUAGAAUUAAUUUUAGAACUUGCUUUUUGUAGUUCCAAAGGUGUGUUUUUGUAAACAGGCAAAGUAUAUUGUGUUUGUCUAGUCUUGAUCUUUGGGGAAGUAUCAUGAAAACGUUGCUUUACCAUUCUUAAAUUUUUAAAGUCAUUAAGUUAAUACAGUAUUUAUGAAUAUUUGAUGAAAAUGAGCUAUAUAAGGGGGUCUUCAAACAUGCCUACUGCGAAACUACUAUCUAAUUUUAGGUGGCAGUUGCAUUAUCUUUAUGUCAGGAUUUUGGGAAGUUGAGAUGUGUGAGUUUAUGUUCAUUAUUUUCCCCGUAUUUUAAUGGGGAUAAAAUAACUAUUUAAGUAUGAUAAAACAAAUAGGAAAUUUUACUUAUUCCUAAACUCUUUUCAUGGGGAAAAAGUAAACUUUUAGGUUUUACACUUCAUUGAAGGGGGCCCUACUUUAAAAUAUCCCGUAAUUUUCAGUGCUUUUUAUUAGAGACAUAGUAAUUGUCCCAUUCAAAAUUUUAUUUUUAAGCAAAGAAUUAUUUAGAAUUUAUUUUUUAAAAUAGAUUUUCAUGACUAGCCUCUGACUUUUACACAGAAAGUCUGUAUUUAGUUUUGUACUUAUCAGAUAAAAAGUACAGCAUAAUUUUCUUCAAGGUACAUUUUACUUAGAGGGAAAACUAGUUGUUAAAUCUGUUUAUAUUUGUUCUUAUUUGUAUAGGUAUUUUAUCUGCUCAUAAAAUGAUUUUGACAAAAAACAGAUCAGAGGGAGAGGUCACAAUGAAAUCAUCUAAAUUCUUGAAUUUGUUUUUGUAGGAGUUCCAUCUGGAAUAUGACAAAUUAGAAGAACGGCCUCACCUGCCAUCCACCUUCAACUACAACCCUGCUCAGCAAGCCUUCUAAAAAGACUUCCCUUUUCUUGGGGUAUGGCUGUCUCAGCACAAUACUCAACAUAACUGCAGAACUGAUGUGGCUCAGGCACCCUGGUUUUAAUUCCUUGAGGAUCUGGCAAUUGGCUUAUGCAAAGGGUCACCAUUUGAGGUCCUGCCUUACUAAUUAUGUGCUGCCCAACAACUAAAUUUGUAAUUUGUUUUUCUCUA